CGCAACGUCAGUAAUGACACGUAUUCAAAAUGGCGGCCGCGGCUAUGGUGAGGUGGUGGGCCUUUUUGCUGUUGUCCCUGCUGCCUGUGAGCCGGUCCUUCUAUGUUCCUGGAGUAGCUCCACGGAAUUUCCAUGAUGGCGACGUUGUAGAUAUCAAGGCGGUAAAGCUGACCAGCUCCCGUACCCAGCUUCCUUAUGAAUACUAUUCCCUGCCAUUCUGUAAACCAAAAAAGGUCUUCUACAAGGGAGAGAACCUGGGUGAGGUCUUACGUGGAGACCGUAUUGUAAACACCCUUUAUAACGUGGAGAUGAGUAAAGACAAGAAAUGUGAGCUGGUGUGUGAAAAGAGAAAGCUCAACAUAGACGAGAGUAAGCUGAUGGCUGAGCGAAUCCAGGAGGAGUAUUAUGUUCACCUUAUUGCAGAUAACCUUCCAGUUGCCACCAGGUUAGAGUAUCCAAGCAGAGAGGGAGGAGAAGAGGAGGAUCAAAAGAAGGACACGAUAAAAGAUGUCCAGUUUGAACACGGCUACAGAUUGGGCUUCUUUGACAAAAACAAGUUUUAUCUGCACAACCACUUGUCCUUCAUCUUGUACUUCCACAAGGAGAAACUGGUGGAGGGGGACCUUCAUGACUACAGGGUGGUGCGAUUUGAGGUUAUACCCCGGAGUGUCAAAGUAGAAGAUCUGAAGCCUGCAGAGGCGCUGAAGACCUGCACCCUACCUGAACCCAGUGGCUCUGCCGCUCAAGACAUCGACCCUACCAAGGAGAAUGAAGUCCUGUUCACCUACUCUGUACACUGGGAGGAGAGUGAAGUGAAGUGGGCGUCUCGCUGGGACACAUACCUGACCAUGAGUGAUGUCCAGAUCCACUGGUUCUCCAUUGUUAACUCUGUGGUGGUCGUCUUUUUCCUCUCAGGUAUUCUGAGUAUGAUCAUUAUCAGGACCUUGAGGAAAGACAUUGCUAACUACAACAGAGAGGAUGACAUAGAGGACACCAUGGAGGAGUCGGGCUGGAAGAAUGUCCACGGUGAUGUGUUCAGACCACCACAGUAUCCCAUGAUCCUCAGCUCUCUGCUGGGCUCAGGGAUCCAGCUGUUUUGCAUGAUCCUCAUUGUAAUCUUUGUUGCCAUGUUGGGCAUGCUGUCUCCAUCAAGUCGAGGAGCCUUGAUGACCACUGCCUGCUUCCUCUUCAUGUUUAUGGGUGUAUUUGGUGGCUACUUUGCUGGCAGACUGUAUCGCACACUGAAGGGUCAUCGAUGGAGGAAAGGAGCAUUCUGUACAGCAACUUUGUAUCCUGCUGUGGUUUUUGGGAUCUGCUUCAUCCUCAACUGUUUUAUCUGGGGAGAACACUCGUCUGGAGCGGUCCCAUUCACUACAAUGUUGGCCCUACUGUGCAUGUGGUUUGGCAUUUCCAUGCCCUUGGUCUAUCUUGGCUACUACUUUGGCUUCCGCAAACAGCCGUAUGAUAACCCUGUACGCACCAACCAGAUCCCUCGGCAGGUCCCAGAGCAGCGCUGGUACAUGAACAAGUUUGUCGGCAUCCUGAUGGCUGGGAUCCUGCCGUUUGGUGCCAUGUUCAUUGAGCUCUUCUUCAUCUUCAGUGCCAUCUGGGAGAACCAGUUUUAUUACCUCUUUGGCUUCCUUUUUCUGGUCUUCAUCAUUUUGGUGGUGUCCUGCUCUCAGAUCAGCAUUGUGAUGGUUUAUUUCCAGCUCUGUGCAGAGGAUUACCGGUGGUGGUGGAGAACUUUCCUGGUUUCAGGAGGCUCGGCUUUCUAUGUCCUUGUUUACGCCGUUUUCUACUUUGUCAACAAGCUGGACAUUGUGGAGUUCAUCCCCUCCCUUCUGUACUUUGGCUACACCGCCCUCAUGGUCUUGUCUUUCUGGCUGUUAACGGGCACAAUUGGCUUCUAUGCCGCCUACAUGUUCAUCAGGAAAAUCUACGCUGCGGUGAAAAUCGACUAGUUAUUGCUGGUGCUGCUGUUUUUUGUUUAUUUUUUUCUUUUCUUUUUUUUUUUGUAACAUUCUAAAUAUAUAUAAAAAUGUUCUUCAUGUCCAACAAGCACUGACUUGAGUGCAGAAGGAAUGAGAGGGUUGCUUUCUACAGUGCAUCAGUCGCAACUGCUGGCCUCACAAUAAAGAAAAGCAAGGUGGCAGAUCUAAAACGGCUGUCACCUUGCUUCUGCCUCCCUCCUCCUCCUUUCCAGGACAUCUAGAGGAUCUCUGUUCUGCCGGGACUAUUAAUGUCCUCUGCUGUUUCACCUUUUUCCACAAAGACAGGGGGCCAAAGCUUGUCAAACAAGGGUUUCUGCACAUUUUAUCUUUUUUUUUGUGUGUGUGUUUGUGUGUGUUUUUUGAUUGUAACUUAUCCAGGUUUUUAUUUUGUCUUCAUGGGAUUUAUCUGUGUCUUGAUUUCUAUUGGGCGCCUCUCAGGAGGCUACUUCCUUCUGGUUUCCCCACGUAAAUUCUGUUUCUACACUUUCUGCUGUCUCCAUUUUCAGACGUGACCUUCUUUUCAGAGACUUUACAGAUCAGGAAAGGAUUGAGGAUCGUUUCUGUGGUUCUGUUUUUUGUGUUGAACUCAUGGAUGGAAACCACCCUGGGAAGUUCUACAUUGUAACACAAAUAUGGAUAAAUUAAAUCUAUUGGGGUUUUUUUUACUUCAGUUUCCAUGUCCUGGUGUGACCAUGUUAACCACAACUGUAAUCCAAAUAUUAGCUUCUCCCUCCCAAACACUGGGUUUCUUAUUCAUGUCAAAAUAUUGCUCCAUUUGCGCUAAAUGAAGCAGAACUGCUCAGAAUGGGACUGAACUUGAAUAUUUGAACCCAACUACCCAUUUUAUAUUCAAAAGCCUACAACACAAAUAUGUUUUUCCGCUCGUUAACCAUGCCAUCAGUGUAGCCUUAGCAGCGCCUGAGCCUGCUGAACUAUGCAGUAAUGGGGGGAAAAGGUGCAAAUUGCAAAGGUUGUUUCAGAGGACCAUUUUUAGUACGAAAUGCCUAUUUUCUUUCCUUUUUGAGCCUAAUGUACCAUACGUUUGUUUGUAUAACCUGAUGUGUUUGGAAAGCCCAGCAAGAUCACCUGGCCGGUAUCGGAGCUUAGAGGUCCUGGGAUGUUUUGAAUGUAAUUGACAGGGUUCUUAUUAGAUGUGUACAGUCUGUGUUUUGUGCGCUGCAGAUCAUGUGUUUACCUUUAUUUUCAAAUUAUAUGUAUUUUUCAGCUUAAAAAACAUGCAGUUUUGGGUGGAACCUGAUUUUAAAAAAAUGCUUUACCUUCAACUCAAGGGCUUCAUCUAGGUAACUAUUUUAUUUUACAGUAGCAAAAUUGCAAUAUGUAAUAAUCCAGUUGAGCAAAUAGAAAUAAACUUAUUCGCUUCCGUUAAAAGCUAGGUAAGAAGACUGAUACCACUCGCAUGACUGUUUGUUAAAUAUGAGCUAGUGACAGGUUAUUUUCAGUAGGCAUAAAGAGGAAAGAUGACAUUCUUGCUAUGUCUUAAGGCAUAUAACCCUGCAUCCAUGUGUUCCCAUUAGUUGGGAAGUAAUUUGUCUGACUUUUCAUGUUAUUCAGUCAAAAUAUCAACAACGCCAUGGACAAUACGCGUAUGCUGGGGGUUUUAUUGACUGCCUUUCUGACAGUUUGAGUCGCCCAAUUUUUACUGAAUACAAAACCUGAAACAAGUGAUGCAGAUCUACAGAGUUCUGUAGGACCAAAAGUCUCUUUGCAACAACCGGUGCCUUCAGGUGGUAAAUUAGAAAGAAUGCAGGUCUAAGAUUCUAAAGCACUAGCUUCACUUUUCAGCCUAUGGACUAAUCUAGGUUACUUUAUGCAGAGCAGCUCUAACCAGAUACCGUAUUUCAGUUGAAUGCUAGCCAAAUUAAAGGUAAAAGAUAUGAAUUUGCCCCAUGAAAUUUCUUAAAUCUGAAUGUUUGUUAAAAGCCAUUUUAUAUUAUAAACGGUGUAAAAGGUGGAAGUGGCUACUCUGACAUCAUCUGUUGGUUUCUAAAGUUGUGUUUUGAAGCCUCGAGUUUGGCAUUUUCAUCAUUGCCAUCUUGGUUUCAAAUAACUAGAUGUGACAAGGGGGGUAUGGCUGACCAUGAAACCCCUUGCUCAUUGGCUGACAAUCCUGUGAGUCUCGAGAUUUACAAAAUAACUUCAUUUUUUAGUCAAUAUGACUUGAAAUGAGCAACUAAGCUACACAGAAACUAUGUCCAUGUUUUAUAUCAUCUGUGGUUUUUAUGUAUAACUUCAACAACGUAUUCCAGCACCUGUACACAAUAAAUCAGCCUUUUGCUGGCGAGGAGUAAUGACCAUCUGUACAGCCAGAUUACCUGUUCAUCCUUUUUUGCUAAGCUAAGCUACCUGAUCACAAGGGUUAGUUUAAUGUAGAGAAAACUAACUGGCUGCUAGCAGUAGAUUGCGACAGAAACAUUAGUUUUUGGUCUAAGGUAAGCUAUCUGGUACCUAGCAUAAGCUUUUCUGUUUAAUAUGGGUAUUAAUAUAUGGGUCUUAAUGCUAGGCUAAGUUAACCUGCUGCUAGCAGGAACUUUGCUCAGAUUGUGAUGUCAACAAUCCAAUGCAUUAUGGGACUAUAUAAUGAUAGGUGUUGCUUUUGAGUUUGAAAGUAAAACUGGGGACAUUAGAACACAGAUAUUAGUGUUUAUGGUGUGCUAAGCUAGCCAGCAGAUAGCAAUACUUUCUUAACUACAUAGAGACAUAAGUUUUUGUGCUAAAUGUCAGUAGAUGUGUGGUAUCACUCUUCUUAGGAAGACAGCAACAAAAGUGCAGAUCAGUAUCACUAAUACAGUAUAUCUGAAGCAGUAUCCAUAUCUCAAGUAGAAAACAAUGGAUGGUGUCUGCAGAAUGCCAGGUUAUCAGACUGUAUGUGGUGUGGUUUUAAAGGAAAAUAUAUUUGCAGUAAAUUUCAAUUAGGACUGGAUGUCUCAGGCCAAGGCCUUUUUUUAAUCAAGCAAAACAAAAAGAAGUACCUCGCAGAUUUAUGAGAAACUCAAACCAUAAACUACACAGCAUGUAAGGUAAUAUUUAGUACACACUUGUAUUUGUUACACCCUUGACAGAUUUAGUAGGGUUAUUGAAAUGCUUCACUUUUGCACAAAAGUACAGAUGAGAUAUUUGCCUAGAUAUACCCUGAUUCUUCAGGGCAAGAGGAAAGAAUGGCUAACUCAUCCUCAUGGUCUCUCCUUCAUUAUCAUCAGCACUCAAGCUACAGACAAGCUGCUUAAAGAGAUCGAGAAGGCAAAAUCAUUUGAAGUUUCCCCCUGCCACUUGCUAUGUGAAACAACUAAUCAAAGCCCCAAGGAUCCCUCAGUUGAAAUGACAGGAUCAUUACUUUUUAUUUUCAUCCUUUACUUGCUGAACCACCCUGUGUUGUGUCAGAGUUUCAGAGCUCUGAUACCUGACUGCUGUCUAAUAUAAGGACAGACACUCCUCUCCUGCAAGUGCACACACCAGGGGAGAUUUUUUACAGACUUACUUUUAAGAGGCCGAGUCAUGCAUGUAUGAUUGAAGGUUUUACAAUGUAAAUAAAAGAAAACAGCUUUGUAUUUGUUGCAUUUUUCUGUUUGUGGCGCUCUCUGUAAUGAUUCCUGUCAUCGUUUUAGCCAAAAAGCAUGAUGCUCUUGAUGACUUUUAAAGAAACUUGUUUGUUAUUUUUCUCUUUGUUUCUUUUACAGAAUGUCCAAUUACAAAAUGUACCACGACAAAACAAUAAAGUGAUGGCAAGUUGAAUAUGAAA